ACAACGAAACUCUGUUAACUGUCAAAUAUAUAAUUUGGUUUUUUUUCUGGAACUGACAUAUGUCAAUCUACAUUAAAACAUAUUGUAGUAUUUGGAGUGUUUUUAAUAUCGUUGCUAAAAAUGCCUACAGAAAUUGAAAAUAUAAAUCCAAAUGUUUACGGAAAGCGCAAAGAACGCGAGGUGACCAUUAACGAGGAAAACGAAGAUGUGCCGGACCCAUUUGAUACACGUGAAAUUUUUGAUCUAAUACGCAAUAUCAAUGAUCCGGAACAUCCGCUUACUUUGGAAGAGUUACAUGUUGUACAAGAGGAUUUGAUCAAUGUGGACGACAGUAAAAAUGAAGUAAAUAUAAAGUUUACGCCAACAAUUCCGCAUUGUUCAAUGGCUACAUUAAUUGGCCUGUCUAUUCGUGUAAAACUGCUCAGAUCCUUACCACCACGUUUUAAAGUAAAUGUCGAGAUUACACCGGGCACUCAUGCCUCAGAAAAUGCUGUUAAUAAACAACUUGCAGACAAGGAGCGUGUGGCAGCAGCAUUGGAGAAUAAACAUCUAGCUGAAGUGAUAAAUCAGUGCAUCUCACCAAGAGCAUGAUUAAUUUGUGAUUGAUUUAGUAGUUUUUCUUUUGUUUUAUUGUACAAUGUUAGGCUUUAAUUAAUAAAACUAUAUAUAACAACA